AUGGCGUUGUUUUUGGAUAAUGCGCCGCAUGUGGCCGGCUCCAUCAUCAGCAUCACGAUCCUUGCUUUUACGAUGUAUGGCCUACGAGUGUAUACCAGGCUAAAGGUUGCCGCUUGGGGUAUGGAUGACUGGUGUAUGACUGUGGCUAUUCCGCCUUUCGCUGUACUUUCGGCAUCAUGUAUUGCGGCGGCCUUUAAUGGUGUUGGUGUCCACGCGUGGAGGUUCAAUGACCCUGCUGUUGCACCCUACAUGGAGAUUGGCCUAAAGUGGUUCUUCAUGUUCGAGGUCUUCUACUGCGUUGCCAUCAUCCCGAUCAAGCUCAGCAUUGCGUUCCAGUUGAUUCGCAUUGCAGCGGGCCGGAAGUUCUUUGUGUACAGCCAGUAUGUGGUGGCAGGCAUGUUCACCACCAUGAACCUCAUCGCUGCGCUGUACAUCAUUUUCCAAUGCAAGCCUGUCUCGUAUGCAUGGAACACCAACCAGGACGGAAAGUGCGAGGACGCCAAGAUUCUGACCGACAUCUACUAUGCAACUACGGCCGUCAACAUCGCGACGGAUUGGUUCUGCGCUGCUAUGCCUAUCCCGCUACUUUGGAACGUAAAGCUUAAUCGCAACGCCAAGAUCUCGGUCGCCUGCAUCUUGAGCCUUGGUAUCUUCGCAUCGCUCUCGGCAUGCAUUCGUCUCAAGUACACUGUCAACCUGCAGGCCACCGAUGAUUACCUCUACGCCAUCUCCGAUAUCCUCAUCUGGGGCUACGCUGAGAACGGUAUCGGCGUCAUCGUCGGCUGCGUCGGCACGCUGCGACCGCUGUUCCGCAAGGUGCUGCACCUUGGCUCCGACAGCGACGGCUCGACGCCCAUGAAGUACGGCGGCGCCUCGUCGCGCGGCGACAACUUUCCGAGCAACGCGCGCCGCACCUACGACAAGUUCGACUCGCAGUACGAGCUCGAGGAGGGCAUGGGCCCCUCCAACGACAAGUACGGCGCCCAAGCCCACGAGACCGAGAUCCGCGCCGGCACCGCCAGGACUGGCAGCUUGCCCAGCGACAGCGAUAGCCAGAAGCAGAUCCUGGACGACAGCCAGGGCAACGGCAUCAUGGUUCACAGCCAGGUGCAGAUUUCCAGGGACUAA